UAAGAAGUGAGCGCCAGGCCGGCCAGGUGAAGCUCCAGUCCCGGCUGAUCGCCGCGGGGCCGCCAGUUCCGCGCGGGGCCGGGUGAUCGCGCGGCCAUGGACGCGCCGCGGGGCAUCGGCAGCUUCGUGGUGUGGGACUACGUGGUGUUCGCCGCGAUGUUGCUCAUCUCGGCCGCCAUCGGCAUCUACUACGCCUUCGCGGGGGGCGGCCAGCAGAGCUCCAAGGAGUUCCUGAUGGGCGGCCGAAGAAUGACCGCCGUGCCAGUGGCGCUGUCCCUCACCGCCAGCUUCAUGUCGGCGGUCACCGUCCUGGGCAGCCCCUCCGAGGUCUACCGUUUUGGGGCCAUAUACAGCAUCUUUGCCAUCACUUACUUCUUUGUGGUGGUCAUCAGCGCGGAGAUCUUCCUCCCUGUGUUCUACAAACUGGGAAUUACCAGCACCUACGAGUAUUUAGAACUUCGAUUUAAUAAAUACGUUCGUCUCUGUGGGACAGUCCUCUUCAUCGUUGAAACAAUUCUGUAUACUGGAAUUGUUAUUUACGCCCCUGCUCUGGCUUUGAAUCAAGUCACAGGAUUUCAUCUGUGGGGCGCAGUAGUGGCAACAGGGGUGGUCUGCACAUUCUACUGCACACUGGGUGGUCUUAAAGCAGUUAUAUGGACAGAUGUUUUCCAAGUUGGGAUCAUGGUGGCUGGAUUUUUAUGUGUGAUUAUACAGUCUGUGGUGACUGAAGGUGGAAUCAGCACUAUUCUAAAUGAUGCCUAUAAUGGUGGAAGAUUAAACUUCUGGAAUUUUAAUCCUAAUCCUUUGCAAAGACACACAUUCUGGACAAUUAUAAUAGGAGGGACCUUCACGUGGGCCAGCAUCUAUGGUGUCAACCAAUCACAAGUGCAGAGAUAUAUUUCCUGUAAAAGCAGAUUCCAGGCAAAAAUGUCUCUCUACAUCAAUCUUUUGGGACUUUGGGUAAUCCUCGUCUGCUCAGUGCUUUGUGGACUCGCCCUGUAUUCCAGGUACCAUGAUUGUGAUCCCUGGACAGCCAAGAAAAUAUCUGCACCAGACCAGCUCAUGCCUUAUUUGGUACUAGACAUUCUGCAAGAUUAUCCAGGACUUCCUGGACUUUUUGUGGCCUGUGCUUACAGUGGAACAUUAAGCACAGUGUCCUCCAGUAUUAAUGCCUUAGCAGCAGUGACUGUGGAAGAUCUGAUCAAACCUCACUUCAGACCGCUCUCAGAAAGGUCUCUCUCUUGGGUUUCCCAAGGAAUGAGCCUGCUGUUUGGAGCCCUGUGUAUUGGAAUGGCUGCACUGGCAUCACUGAUGGGGGCUUUGUUGCAGGCAGCACUCAGCAUAUUUGGCAUGGUUGGUGGACCACUUCUGGGCUUGUUUUCUUUGGGCAUUUUGGUUCCCUUUGCCAACUCUAUUGGAGCACUUGCUGGUCUGCUGGCUGGAUUUGUUGUUUCUUUGUGGGUUGGAAUUGGAGCUCAGCUUUACCCUCCACUUCCUGAGAGCACUAUGCCACUAAGCCUUGAAACCUACGGCUGUAACAGCACGUACAAUGGAACAAAUUGGAUGACAACCACAGAAAUGCCAUUUUCUACUAGUGCUUUUCAAGUACACAAUGUUGAAAGGACACCACUGAUGGAUAACUGGUAUUCCUUAUCAUAUCUAUACUUCAGCACUCUUGGAACUUUUGUAACGUUAUUCACAGGAAUGCUUAUCAGUUUACCAACAGGAGGAAGAAAACAGAACAUAGACCACAGAUUCCUACUAACCAAAGAGGACUUUUUAUCCAAUUUUGAUGUUUUUAAGAAGAAGAAGCAUAUUUUAAGCUAUAAAUCUCAUCCAGUAGAAGAUGGUGGAACUGAUAAUCCUGCCUUCAACCAUGUUGAACUGAACUUCACAGAUCAAAGUGGCAAGAUCAAAGGGACUCGUUUGUGAAGCAGCUUUGAUACUAAAUGAUCUUAAACAGUGUCCCAAUUUUAUAUAUUUUCUAAGAUAAUUGGAUCAGGUUUAGAUUUUUUGUUGUUGUUGUCUAUCAUGAGUGUUUUGGGGAUAAAUUUUUGUUAAAGUGAGUUUCUUCACAUACUACACUCAUUAACUGAUGCUACUCUGGAGUUAGGAGUUUCAGCAUCAGCAUUUCCCUCGAUCUCUCUUUUAUUUCAAUGAAGCUGUAGUUAUGAGAGUUAUGACUGCAUAUGUACUGAAAGGCUAAUACACACAAAUACACUCAUCCUUGAUGGUCAAAAGCAGAUUCUUCAAUUUGGGCAUUACUAAAAAUUCUUUCCAUGCAUUUGGUGCUAGCGUAUAAGUUUUGGGAUUUGCCAUAAUCAUAACUGAUAUUGAAAAGAGCUUUUCUUCCUCCUACUACAUACUCUGUUCUUAGGGAGCAAUGGGGUGACAAGUCUGUGUUGUCUAUAUCUUCUCUUCUCAUUGACCCCUCUCUGCCCAGGGCGCAUAUUAACCUUGGAACCAAAUCUGUCUCAGGAAAGUGGUAAUCAAGAAGCAUUCUGUUUGGGACAGAAGAUGGACCCAAGGAUCAAGGUGCUUCUUUGUGCUAUGCUUCUUUUCUCAUGCCUUUUUGCUUAUUAUCUAGAACUUCCUGGCCAUUGGCUGCUUAUAUUGCCUUUCUGAGACUCUGGUUCUUAUCUGCUUUCCUAGUUUCUGACCCAUCAACUUUUGUUUUAUUGUGCAGUUUACCUUUGCUUUAAUUUACUAAUUUCUUGUUUACUCUAUUGCCUUGGGCUUGCAUAUGUCUUGACACACCAAUAUGAAUCAUGCUACUCCAGAUCCUGGUUCACUAAGUCCCAGCCUAUAAAUUAUAAACUCCCAUGAGCCUGAUACUGACUAAGGUACUUUCAACAUAGGUGCUUAUGGAUUUGGUGAUCCAAGAACAUUUACAUGAUUGAGAGUGGUUAAGCUCCAUGGAGUUAGAUGAAGACAAUGAAUGCUAUCAUGCUGAAUUUUUAAAUGUCAGCUAAUUUGCAAUCUAUUAAAUUUAAAGGUACGUGUGCUUAGAAGUCUUGAAUUCUAGUAUAUUCACCCAGUUAGAGAGCUAAAUUACGCAGGCAAACACUACCAUUUUUCUUUAAUGUUUUGGAGUUACUGAAUAUAUGCUUUGUUCUAUGUAUUAAAAUUUCAAGUAGUAGUCCCAAAGUUUAUUUUGUUUAUUUUGCUGUAUUUCUAGCUAAGAGUUUGGUUACAAGCUUUCAUCAGUAACUUAUUUUUUUCUGCAGUACCCACAUUAUAUACUGUUUAGAAGUUUGUUUGGUUUUACAAUGUUUUAAAAUAAUGUGAGAAAUAUUUAGGUACAUUAACUAUUUUGUAAUUAAAAAAUUUUUUGCUUAUUUUGUAAUAUUUGGGUAAGCAUGCUCUAUCCAUUUAGACGUUUCCAAUUGAAAACAGUAAAAAAUUAAAAAGAAUAGGAAUAGCAUUUAUAUAAGCAAAGAGAUUUAUAUAACAUUAUAUUAACAAUGUAGUCAUAUAUUUUGUAUGUGUAUAGAUGUUAUUUUUUUAAUCAAUAUAUUUGUAAGCAUACGUUAAACUUUGUAAAUCUUUCUCCAAUUUUUUAAUGAAUAGGAAGGUAUAAUCCUAUUUUAUGCAUGUGUGAUUUGAACUAUUGUUAUUUAUUUAGUAAUUCUAAAUGCACUUGUGUGUAGAAUGCUUCAAUUUUAGUAAUCAAAAUCAGGUUAUUUAAAUAACUUUUUCUCUUGUCUGACUGCCCGGGGGUUAUGCAAUGUAUUCUUAAUGAGAGAUAUGAUACUUCCAUUCUUGUCCACUUUCUUUUAAUAAAAUAUAUCUUUGUGACAUUAGGAACUGUCAGUAUUUUACUUUUAUAAACAGGUAAGAGUGCCAGAUGGAAUUCUUAAGAAAUCAAAGUAACAUUAUUGUUAAUUAUUAAAAAUCAUAUAUCUUAUCUAAAUCUUUGGGUAAAACCAAAUAGAGGUAAAAGAUUAAUCUAUUGUAAAUUAAAUAAUCUGAUAUUCUUAUUUUGAGUCACAACAACUCUAAUGAGAAGGAAAAGCCACACAAGUUGUCUGUUUUUGUUUUGCCACUGACAAGUUGUAUGACGUUGAAUUUAUCCUUAAUCUCCUCUAACGAUGGAACGUAACACUAAACACCUACCUACCUCACAGAAAUAAUGUGAGUAUAAAAUGUCAAGUAGCACUUUAUUAACUCAGUGUUACUUAAAAUUUCCAUAUGAUUGGGAAUCAAAAUUUGAAACAAAGGUCAUUUGCUAGUUUUAAAAAAUGAUGAGCAGUUAAUUUGCAAUGUAAUCAUGUGGAAAUAUUUUAUUUUUUAAAAAAUAGGUGCCAUAGAUAUAUUAAAAUGUAUUUAGGAAUCAGCAGGAUUAUUCUAACAGAGAGAAUAUAAACUUUACUUAAAGAAAGCUAUGUACCAAUCAUAUUCACUACAUAGAGAAAUGAAAAUUUUAUAUGUAGGAUGUAAAACAGUAUAAAUGUAUAUUCACCUAUUUAGUUGCUUAUACAGUCAUUUUCUCUCUAGACCAGUGGUUCUCAGUGGGGCAAUUUUGCACCUCAGGAACAUCUGGAAAUAUCUGGUACAUUUUUGGUUGUCACAGCUGGUGAGGAGGUGCUACUGACAUCUAGUGGAUAGAAUUCAGGGACGCUGCUAAACAUCCUGUGAUGCACAGGGCUGCCCCUCUCCGCCACAGCAAAAAAUGAUCCUGCCCCAGAUAUCACUAGUGUUGAGUUUGAGAAAUCCUGCCCUAGAGGCUAAAGUUGCGAUCUUGAUUUUCCUGAAUUCACAUACCCUGGUUGUGUUACUUUAGAGACAUUACCUUGACUCCUCUCUCUGAUCAUUCUCAUCUACAAAUGAGGGUGAGAUUAUCACUAGCAUAUGGAAUGCUAUGAUUUGGAAUAAUGAUGAUAUGUUUUCAUAGCAUUUUGAAAAUAUUAAGGACUAUAAAAUGGUGAAUAAUUUUGAAAAAAACUCUUAAAAAAGUGUUGUUUCACAACAUGAUUUCCAACAUUAACACACAUUAGGAUGAGGAAAUAGUAAAUGUAUGAAUACGAAGAUUUCAUAAUUUUGUUUUAUUUGUGAAAACCCCGGGAAGUCCAGUUCAUUAUUAACAACUGAGUAUCCAUGAUGUAGAUACAAGGCGCAGAGAUGGGGUUGAGAUCAGGGAAGUGGCUCUCUGUGUUGAUCUUUUAGGAAAUUCUGAGUGUUUUCCAAUAAUGAUUGUUGAUAUAGAAUCAAAUGAAUACGUGAUCAUUGUUACUAAAAAUUCAUUAUAUAAUUUGGUCAUUGUAAAAUUUGCUUUUACGUUUAAGUUGUAUGUCCAUUGUUUGUGGAAAAAACCUGAAGGAACUGAACAUUAUAAUGUACAAUGGUUGCAUUUCUGAUUUUCCAACUUGCUGAUUAAACUCUCUACAAAUGUC